AUGGUCCAUGUCGCCAUAGACGACUUGCCCCUGAUCUGGUCUCAGUUCAUCAACUUCCAGAAGCAGCUGCUGCGUGCCCUGCAGGGGAGCGGGCCGGCAACAGGCGAUGCCGCCUCAGCCGCCACCGACGGCACCCUCGCCACGGCGGCGAUGGCGCCGGCGGUCCUCGGCACGCCCGGCCUGGUGCAGCAGCUGAUCCUCGGCCACCUCACGCUGCUCGACAAGCUGCGACUGCGCGCCACCUGCAGCGCCCUGAGGCAUGCCAGCCCUGCAUGGUUUGCUCAAGCCACUGUGGUGGUGAAGCUCACCGGGGCAGCUGGGGCGGCGCUGGCCACCUGGCUGCGCCAGCAUAGCGGUAAGCUGACAUUCCUGGAGCUGCCUAUGUACUGCGGUUUUGCGGCAACAGGCGAUGUGGCCAGCCUGUGGCAGCUCACCGCGCUGCGGCGGCUGCGGCUGGGCUACUGGCGCUGCGACGGCAGCUGGCGUGGGAUGGCAGCCCUGCGCCAGCUGCAGCAUUUGGAGCUCUACUUGGAUCGCAGGGGGAUGAUCAUGCAUAACGGUCGACGCCCGUACCAAGAUCUAUCAGCCUCCCUGUCUGCCCUUACGUGUUUGACUUUCCUGAAGCUGGAGCUUGAAACAUCCGACAACGUUUCGCCGCCCUUACCUGCGGGGGACGCUGUCUGCUACCAGCACCUGCAGCCGCUGGGCCGGCUGCAGCGCUUGAGGCUAGUCAACACCGGCGGCGGUGCAGACGUGGCAGCAGCGCUGCCCUCGCUGACGGCGCUCACUCAUUUGCACUGCACCGCGCCACCUGGAGCAGCGCCAGUUGACUGGCAGCACCUGGGCUGGGCGGCUGAGCUGCAAGAACUGACUCUUGACCAUUGCUACAUCCGGCGCCUGCCAGGCGCGCUGUCCAGCCUCGCUGCGCUGACCAGCCUGCGAAUCAUCAACGACAAUCUUUCGGGGCUGGAGCCUCUGUCAGCCCUGCAUCAGCUUCAGGAAUUGGAGCUCAUCCGCUGUAGACUGGCGGCUGUGCCAGACCAGCUGUCUGCGCUGACAGCCCUGACGUGGCUGAGCCUGGGUUACAACCGCAGCUUGGUGGGCGGCGGCUGGGAACACCUGCUGCCGCUCACCCGCCUGCGCACGCUGCGCCUGGAAGACGUGCCGCUGCCCGCCGGCGUGCAUCCGGAAGUGGUGGAGAAGCUGCCAGCGGCAGAACGCGUCCAGUUGUUAGCUGCAGCCGCUCGGGCCGGUGCUGCAACUGCAGUGUUUUGA